UGUCCCAGGUACAAUUUUAGAUGCCCAGAAUGAGAGCCAGAGAAGGAGGAAAUUUCCUCUGACAAUGCAAUAUUCUUCACGAAGCCUGGAAGAAAUGGGAUUUUUUCUUGCUGAAGUUUUCCACCGCUGCUUCCAGCUCAGAUUGCGCCGCUGAGAUGCUUAUCCUGUUUUUAUGUUGGUCGAAAUCCCAUCAUCCAAAUAUUUUUCCCACAAAAUCUUCUCAGCUUAAAAUAUUCCAGUUUAGUCUCCAAGCAUCUUGAAGAUUCUGAUGCUAGUGGUCUCCAGGCAGCCCCCUCGAAUGAUUCUUAUUCUAGAAUGAUUCUUAUUCUUAUGACGUUGUCGUGUAGAGAUCUCCAUGGCAUGGACCGAGCAUCUCAUGCUCCAAACCAACCGAACAAUCUCCUCCGAGUACCACCAACAGAAGUAGACAUUAUUCCGAAACACCUGCACCAAGCACGGUCAUCUUAAUUACUGCAUGACAUAGUUCUCUUCGCAUGUACACAAUCACACACGUGUGACACCUUGUGAUUGAAAUCUUAAUGAUAUUUUCAGCAAGCUCGGAGUAGUGCAAGCAUUCAUCGAAGCUCCUGGUUUCCGGUAACGAGUUAGAUGGCCUGGUUUCCUGGAUUCGCUAAUGGCCCACACGUAAAGAGCGUGUUUGUUUCACGCAUGCGCCCGGCACGUGCAACUUCGCUUGCGAAUCCAAGCUUGAAGUAGAUGCUGCUAAAAUUAUGCGGUGGCGAAGAGAGGCUGUUUUAACGCUCGGGUGGUAGAUUCUAAUUCCCCCACCAAUGUUGACAUUAUUGAGCUCGGGCAUCUUUGCCUCGCCCUUCCCAGUUCUCUAAUCCGUGUUCUCUUCUAUUAUUUAUGGGGAGCGGCCAUCCAAGUCUAGCAGCAUUGCUCUCCUAAGAUCCUUUCCGCUCCAUUACAUCUUUUGAUCGCUGCAGUGGAGAAUGAAUGGCAAGAAUGGUUGCAUCAAGAUCGACGUAACCUUGUCGCCGAAUGCCGUGCUGCCCGGAUUCCUCAAGAAAUCCAGUGUCGGUAAGGACUUCAUCCUGAGCAAAUGGGUUCGAGAUGUGUGGGGGUUUGCCAGGGAGGACACAAACAGGGCGAUCUUUGCACUAAAGGUGGGCCUUGCCAUGCUUCUUGUGUCGCUGUUGAUACUUGUACGAGCGCCUUUCAAGGUAUUUGGCACCAACAUCAUCUGGUCCAUCCUCACUGUCGGUAUUAUGUUCGAAUAUACUGUCGGUGCCACCUUCAACCGAGGAUUCAAUCGAGCUGUUGGAAGCUUGCUUGCUGGAAUCUUUGCAAUCAUGGUGAUAGAAAUAGCUGUGCACAGUGGUCACGUUGCAGAGCCAUAUGUCAUUGGACUAAGCAUCUUCCUUGUUGGAGCUAUAACGUCCUUCAUGAAGCUGUGGCCAUCUCUUGUUCCCUAUGAGUAUGGCUUCAGAGUCACCCUCUUCACGUACUGCCUCAUCAUCGUCUCUGGUUACCGCAUGGGCAAUCCAAUGAGGACUGCCAUGGAACGACUUUACUCAAUCGCAAUCGGAGGGCUUGUCGCCAUCCUUGUGAAUGUCCUCAUCUGUCCGAUGUGGGCUGGUGAGCAGCUUCACAAGGAGCUCGUCAACAGCUUUAAUUCUGUCGCUGACUCGCUCGAAGAAUGUGUACAGAAGUAUUUAAGAGAUGAUGGAUCGGACCACCCAGAGUUCUCGAAGACAGUUAUUGAUGAAUUCCCUGAUGAACCUGCCUACAAGAAAUGUCGAGAAACAUUGAAUGAGGCAGCAAGAUUAGAUUCUUUGGCAAGCUCGGCAAAAUGGGAGCCACCACAUGGAAGGUUUUGGCACUUCUCUUACCCAUGGUCCGAGUACAUCAAGGUGGCUGCAGUGCUCCGGCACUGCGCCUAUGAGAUGAUAGCGUUGCAUGGCUGCCUGCAUUCAGAGAUACAGGCACCAUACAAUCUUAGAAUCACAUUCCAGUCAGAGAUCCUCGAUGCCACAAGCCAAGCAGCAGAGCUGCUUCGCAGCUUGGGAAAUGACAUAAGCAACAUGAGGUGCAGCCUUCACCCAAGCCUGCUAAAACGUCUUCAUAGCUCUACUGGUUGUCUGCAGCGCUCCAUUGACCUGCACUCCUAUCUCUUAACCUCAACACAUAAUUUUUAUGAUCGCCCUGCCAAACCAACUGACAAACUUUCUAACACUUUAACCCUUGAAGACUUCUCUGGCCUCUUUACCAAAGUAAGCAGCGAUGGUGAACCCAAUCCAAAUCCUGCAGUGCCUACGCAAGCUGAGUCGUAUCAUGAGACUAUGAGGAAGCAACAGAGGAGGCUCUAUUCGUGGCCUUCAAGAGAAGUGGACGACUUUGAAGAUGGAGGCGUUGAUACUGACAUGAUUCCACGAAUGCGGGCUCUGGAAAGUACUGCAGCUUUGUCCCUUGCCACUUUCACCUCCCUGCUCAUUGAGUUUGUGGCUCGACUUGAUCACUUGGUUGAUGCAGUUGAUGCUCUUGCAAAGAUGGCGAAGUUUAAACGAGAGUCUGCAAGUUAGAAGGGGACAUUAUGGAUGGAAACGCCAAUCUUCUUGCUGACAAUUCCUGUAAAAAAGAUCAUAAAAGAGUGGAAUAAGAAACAAAAGUUUCAUUGACCGCAGCCAGAGGAAAUCAAUCAUAAUCUUUUGACUUUGCUUGUCUAACAAACUUCAGCUUACUGCUAAAUUUCCUUCUUGGUUCA